AUGGGGAUACCAAAGUACGGGGAUCUUUACAAUUACUUUCCCGAAUGGUAUAAAUGCCUCUCUUCCCUCCACAAUCUGCUCAUCUCCAUCUCCAUCUCAUGUCAAACAAGCACCAUUACCUCUAGAGCAUUCAAGAUGAAGGCCCAAACUGAAAAGAAGAUAGAGACCCCGGAGGGCUUGACUGCGGUUUCCCCCAAGAACGGCGAGAUCGCUGAUGACCCUACCCUGAUCCAAGAUGCCGUGUUUGGAGAAAUCACAGAGGAUGGCCCAAAUUACCGCAAUGUGGGAUGGAUCGGAACAUCAGUCAUCAUGAUGAAGUGUCAGAUUGGUCUAGGUGUAUUAUCCAUCCCCUCCGCGUUCGAUGUCCUCGGUAUGAUCCCCGGCGUCAUCUGUAUGAUGAUUAUCGCUGCUCUCUCGACUUGGGGCAGCUACGUCAUUGGCGAAUUCAAGCUUAACCAUCGUGAGAUCUACGGUAUUGAUGAUGCAGCUGGAAUCAUUUUUGGCCGCGUUGGUCGUGAGAUUAUGGGCUUUUGCUAUAUUCUGUUCCUCAUAUUUGUUGCGGGCUCUGGCAUGCUCAGUGUUUCGAUCUCUUUCAACGCCGUUUCCACUCACGGAACAUGUACCGCAGUAUUCGUCGCGGUUGCGGCCAUCAUCGUCAUUUGUUUCGCUAGUCUGCGAACCCUCGACCGGAUCAGUUUUCUUGCAUGGGCCGGACUGUUCUCUAUCCUUACUUCAAUCCUUAUCGUCACUAUCGCCGUGGCGGUUCAGGAUCGUCCUGACAGCGCACCCAAAGGCCCCUGGAAGUCUGACUGGAAGGCUUUCGGCAGCCCCAGCUUCACUGAGGCCAUGACGGCCAUCUCGACCUUUAUCUUCGCCUACAUUGGCACGCCCUUCUUCUUCCCAAUCGUGGCCGAGAUGCGUAACCCUCGUCACUACACCAAAGCGUUGAUCCUUUGUCAAUCUGUUGCGACAAUCACCUACCUCAUCAUUGGCAUUAUCGUCUAUUACUUCUCGAGCAAGCACUUCUUUCUCCGGAUUCUUCGGGGAUCGAAGCACCUGACCACAAAUACCUUUAUCCACUGGGCGACUUGGCUUGGUUGCGUGUUCACCGUGGCCAUCGUUGCAUACCUCAUCGCCAGCGGUAUUCCCCUCUUCAGUGGCCUCGUCUCUCUUAUUGGCGCACUUUUGGGAACUAUGAUGUGCUUCCAGCCGCUUGGAUGCAUGUGGCUGUAUGACAACUGGAACGGAAGAACGGAUAGAUCGCUCAAGUGGAUGUUCUUGGUGGCCUUGAACGUCAUGCUCAUUGUGUCCGGGACAUUCCUGAUGAUAGGCGGAACUUACGGAUCUGUGGUUGCAAUCGUUGAUUCGUACAGGGCUGACGGGGGCUCCAAGGCCUGGACUUGCGCAGACAACUCCAACUCUGUCUAA